UUGUUUGUAGACUUAAGCCAAGUCGCACGUGUUCCCUGCGCUCGCUUCUCACCUUUACAGAAAAAUAUACAUUUUUUUUUAUUGUCGAAAAAGAUACUAGCCCAGUGAAAGUAUCUUUUGCAAAGUGAAAAGAUUUACUCAUUUUUUUUUUGCGACUAAUUUGUUUUUGUUUUUUGUUCGUCAUUGAGUGUGCAUACAUUUUAAUUUGCUUUGCUGAUAUAUAAAAAGGCCAAUAUGGAGAGCCUACCACGCGCAUUAAACUACGAACUGUCGCAUGAUCUGCAUUUCAAUAAUUUUGAUGCCGGUGCCGCAGCUCAACAGAUACUAGUCGAUUCUAGUAGUAGUAGUAGUAACAAUAUUAUUAAUGCCGAUGUUGUUGCCUCAACACCAACAAUAACCACACUGGAUGCCUUGGCCAAUAGUGAAUUUCUCAAGAAAAUUGGUGCAACCAUACUAAAUUCCAUACAAUUGAAACAUCAGCAACAACAACAACAACAACAUACACUACAAUUCAGCGAUAGCAGCAGCAGCAGCAACAUUGUCAGUGGCAGCAGCAUGGAUUUCGAUAUGGAUUUGUCCAGCCAUAGCAGCAGCAAUCAUGUCAUAUUGGAUAGCUCGAGUGUGAAUCAAUUGCAACAGCAAUUGGAAUAUGAUAAAUUCAUGAAUGAAGUCUGGAUUGGCAUUGUAUUCACAUUGAUACUCAUAUCGAUGAUUUUUUGCAUAUGCUCGUGUUUUCUGUAUCAUCAGUUUCGCACCUGGAAACGUAAUUAUCACAAUACAAAUGCCUCAAAUAGCUCAACACAAUGCACUAUUGUUGAUAUUGAAGCCUUGAAAUUGCAUCCCGAUAUUGAAGAUCCUGUGCCGGAAUAUACUUUAGUAUCCGGAUUGCCAACAUAUGAAGCUGCUUUGGAGCUUUUGCAUAAAACACCUCAAUCAAAAUGCUUGAUUGUCUAUCCAAGUGUGUUUAAUGUAUUCAAUCAACAGCAGCAGCAGCAGCAACAACAACAACAACAAUUAACCACAACUGUUGCAGUUGAGGCAAUGCCACAAACACCUUUACUGAAUGAGGCAACGAUGCCACUGCUUCCCACACCAAUGCCACAUGCAAAUGGAGCAGCAGCAGCAACAUCAAUAACAACAACAACAACAACACCAUCAUCCGAUGGCGAAGUCACUCCUAUGAUCAAACCAAAUGGUCUAGUGAUGAUGCCAAUUGUGCCCAGUUAUGCGGAGAUAUUUGGUAAUAGCAGCUAUAAAACAAACAGCGAUGAGAAAAAGAAACUCAAAUUAAAGGAUAAUCAAUUGAAAGACAAAUGCUAAUACCUCUCAGCAAACAUUUGCACACACACACACACACACACACACACACACACACACAUACACAAAUAAAUAACGAUCUUCAAAUAACUGAGCUCUGUGAUAUUGGAUGAAUGGUGUACUAUAUAUUCCACGUAAACUUUGCGCUGUGAUGAAUAAUGAAAAAAAUCUAAUAUAAAACAAACACAAGACGUAACUAAUGUCAGGAAAAAAAAACUUUAGUAACCAAUUA